AUGGAAAUACAAAAACCAACGGGCAGUGCUGUCCAGAGUAGCGUGCUUGCCUAUGCUGAGAAGCAUGUACUUAUUCGUGACGAAAAGGAUCUCAACGAGUGGAACAUCAGACUUGCGAACAGAGAGAUUUUCGAAUGCUACGCCGACUUCUUCGGAAGAAUAAUCAUUCCCAAUGCACAUUACGGCCGUGGAGACAAUGCAUUUUACACUCUCGUAGAUUGUCUUUUCACACGUGAUUUUUGGAAACAAUUCACAUGGACGGGGAUAAGCCGCGGUGAAAAGUGCAAACGUGGAUUUCGCGAGUACGGCAACGUUACUCAGUUGUUGUUAUGCAUCAUACAAGUUGGCGAUCCCACUUAUAAUGCUCAGAUGAUUGAAGCGUUCUGCAAAACCAAAUUUUUCCGUCAUUGCAAGCAACGAUCUGAUAGUCGAUUGCUUCGAAAAUCAACUGUCCGCCCGGGACGUGGUUGCAAAGGCGAGAAAGGAAACGACAAAGCGAAAAAAAGCGACAGAGGUGAACGAGAAGAGGAAAGAGAUAAAAGUGUUGAAGUAAGAGCCAACGAAGAAGAGGUCAAAGAUGCUAACGGAUAUCAUGAAGAAGAAGAAGAAGAUACUGAUCGGGAUGCUAGCUAUGAGGAAAGCGUUUGCGAAGAAAACACUGGCAACGACUUGUGAACUUUCUCUCCUUAUUGUAUUUUCUCUUGGAUAUUCUGAUUUUGACUCAGCUGAAGAACUUGAAAUGUGAUCGAAAUGGACAACACAAAGAAAAAUAAAUAUUAUAGAU